CUGAAAACGACCAAAAACGUUCUUAAAGAUGUAAGACGGUCGUGGGAAAUUGCAACACACGUGUUAAGGGUUCAGAAGAAGUUAAACAACGUUAUCCGCCGUUUACUAAGCUAUUAUGCCAGACUUUGUUGGUGUGUGUGUGCUCAUCAGCGUGUUGAUAAGUCUGAUAACAGUAGUUGGUUACCUUUGGUGCUCGAGACUCCUCUCAGACAUCCCUAUACAAACUGGCUCUCCUCCCGUGAAGAAGAUUACAUUUGCUUAUAAAUUCAAAGAAGGACCUUACAAAGACUGCAGACAACUUUUCAAGGAGUCUCGUAGUAUUGGACCAAAGCUUUCAUGUAUCGGAGUAUUUUACGAUGAUCCUAAAAAGGUGCCGGGACCACAGUGCCGCUCUGCUGUCGGCAGUAUUCUGAGCGAGGGCAACAACAAGGCAGACGAGGAUCUUCUAAAGAGCUAUGAGACAUCUGGCUUUAAUGUAUUUUCCUUUCCCGAAGUCACACAUGUGGUCACUACCUCGUUCCCCCACAAGAGUUUUGUCUCCGUCCUCCUGGGAGAAAGAAGAAUUUACCCAAGGCUAAAGCACUACAUCAAGGAAAGGCGGCUGUGUGCACACCCAUUCCUCGAGAUCUACCGAGAGAGUCAGAUCCUGUUCAUGGCCCCCUUGGCCCGGCAAGACGAUUUCUAUGUGCGAGAAGUCCGAAAGGCAGAGAGGAGGCUGUCCGAACAAGAGGAAUUGCACAGUGACUCAGACGUCUCAGGUGCAGACUCCAACAGUGAGUACAGCUCAGGGAGUGGGGUUCUCCUGUCGGACAGCAGGGAGACGUCCCUGUCCUCGGUCCACUCAGUGCCUCUCCAGGAUCAAGAGGAGAGAAACUACAAUGGAAGAAGCUCCCCAGGAAACUUGUUUAAAGAGCUGGACUGGGAGCAGGAAAACAGAGAGGACGAGCAACUUCAUGAAGACUCCAACCAGAAGAGCCCAGAGGCUCCCGCUCAGGAGUGGUGGGGGGCUGUUGGAGAAGAGGAGUAAAAGUUCAGUGAGGCAUAUUAGUUCAGGAAAGAGAGGAAAGGAUUGAAAUGUAAGAGGUUUGGAAGUUAGAAUUAGAAAAAUGUGUCCCUCUUUGGAUCUAUGUCCAAAAGGAGAGACCUUACAGGAUAAGGGAGGCAGUCUUUUGAACACUGAACAAAUCUCAUGAAAAGAAUCAAACAAUUAUUGUGAAUGAUUUGUCACAGUCCCUGCCUUGAAAGCUAAUUAUUAAAAAAGUGUUUUUAAUAUUUUUUAAAAUAGCUUGUGAAUUUCUGGUUUCUUUUUAAAAUGUUUUAUAAAAAGGUACAUUUUCUUAAACAGCGCUUUAGUUUUUAGCUAUAUUACUCAAACAGCAGUGAAUCGUACAUGUAAUACUAAAUGCAUUUAGUGAGUACUUCCUGCAGCAGGAAAGUGUAUUCAGGACCAGCUCUAAGGAAAACUACAGUGACCGUGUUCAUUGUAAUAAGAGACUUGUCACACAGUCCAAAAUAAGCAAAUAUAACCAGAUUUAUUAAAUACUCUUUUAAUUACAAUUUUAAAAUGAAAGUAUUAUAAACUUCCAGAUGUUUCUGACAGAAAAAAAGCAACUAGAAAUCUCCAGAACUUAUCCAGGUAGCCUGAGAUUCUUGAAACAUUUAUACAGAAAGUAUGUCUAUGUUUGUCCAAAUGACAAGGAAUGAACUGAGGACCUGUUAUAAAAACAUUUUACUUGAAAAGUCUUUAGUUUGCUGCACUGAGGCUAACCAUUACUUGCAUUUUAACCAUUUUUGUUUCACAGACAAAUGGUAUUCUG